AUGCGGUUGCCGUUCCACACCGUGCGUUUAACAGGCCAGACAGUUUGUCGAAGAAGCUCUGCAGUUGCUUUGCUGAGGUGUUCAGGGCAAAGAGAUGCUAACGUUUCUCACUUCAGUCAUUCAGUGGGGCGCUGCGCGUCCCAGGCACUCAUUUACAGAAGCCACGGAGACCCCUGUCGAGUCGUUCAGUUGGAAAACAUAGACCUGCCCCCAGUUGGUGCAAAAGCUAUCCAGGUUAAGAUGCUGGCGACCCCAAUAAACCCAUCUGACAUAAACAUGAUUCAGGGUACAUAUGCCAUACUGCCUGAACUCCCAGCUGUUGGUGGCAAUGAGGGUCUGGCUCAGGUCAUAGAGGUGGGCAGCCACGUGAAGUCUCUGAAGCCAGGAGACUGGAUCAUCCCCAAAGAUGCUGGACUUGGCAUGUGGAGGACUGAGGCUGUGUUUGCAGAGGAUGAUGUCAUCUCACUACCAAAUGAUAUUCCCCUACUGUCUGCUGCAACUAUUGGAGUGAAUCCCUGCACCGCCUUCCGGAUGCUCUCAGACUUCGAAUCGUUGAAACCAGGUGAUUCAGUGAUCCAGAAUGCAGCAAAUAGUGGUGUUGGGCAAGCAGUCAUUCAAAUUGCUGCUGCAAGAGGAAUAAACACUAUAAAUGUUAUUCGAGACAGACCAGAUUUUAAACAGCUCAGUGAUAGGUUGAAGGCCAUUGGAGCCAGUUUUGUGAUCAGAGAGGAAGAACUGAGGCGGCCUGAGAUGAAGGAAAUGUUCAAGACCUGUGCAAAGCCUAAACUUGCAUUAAAUGGAGUUGGGGGGAAAAGUGCAACAGAACUGCUUCGACAUCUACAGUUUGGUGGUACUUUGGUGACAUAUGGGGGCAUGUCCAAACAGCCCGUGACUGUUCCUGUGGUAACAACUAGUGCUCUCAUUUUCAAAGAUGUGAAGGUAAAAGGUUUUUGGGUCACACAAUGGAAGAGAAUUCACUCUCAUGAUGAGAUGCCAUUUAGAGCCAUGCUGGAUGAAUUAUGCUCCCUAAUCCGUCAAGGAAAGCUGACAGCUCCUGCCUGCACAGAGGUUGGACUUCAAGAGUAUCACAAAGCUUUGGAUGCCGCCAUGCAACCUUUCAUAUCCAGUAAACAGGUUCUGAUUAUGUGA